CAAAAGAUAGAAUAAAAUAUUUUCAUUAUCAUUGCAAUAUAAAUGGGAGAAUGCCUUUCCAUAAUUCUCAUCCCAUGAAUCCCAUCCCCUCAUUUCAAAGCAAUAAAAAACUCUCACACAACUUCUGCUAAACAGAGGAAGUGUCAAGUGAGUAACCAAAAAAUGGGAUCUAUCAGCAGUGAACUCCCCAAGCCCCAUGCAGUAUGUGUGCCAUACCCUGCCCAAGGCCAUAUAAACCCAAUGCUAAAACUGGCCAAAAUUCUCCACCACAAAGGCUUCCACAUCACCUUCGUCAACACAGAGUUCAACCACCGGCGGUUACUCAAAUCCCGGGGGCCGGAGUCCCUCCGGGGCCUCCCGUCCUUCCGGUUCGAGACGAUCCCCGACGGUCUUCCUCCGUCCGACGCGGAUGCCACCCAAGACAUCCCCUCCCUCUGUGAGUCCACUGCUACGAAAUGUUUGGUUCCUUUUAUGGAGCUUCUGGGAAGGCUUAAUGACGCCGCUGCCGCCGACCCCUGCGCACCGCCGGUGUCGUGCGUUGUUUCCGAUGGCGUUAUGAGCUUCACCUUGGCCGCCGCCGAUCAGUUGGGGAUCCCGGAGGUUCUUUUCUGGACGCCUAGCGCUUGUGGCUUCUUGGGUUAUAUGCACUAUGCCCAACUAGUUGACCAAGGUUACAUACCCCUCAAAGACGAGAGUUACUUGACCAAUGGCCAUCUGGAGACGGAGCUGGAUUGCCUGGAGGGGAUGAACGGAAUACGUCUGAGAGAUCUUCCCAGCUUCAUAAGAACCACAAACCCAGACGACUUCAUGCUCCAAUAUUUCCUCCAAGAAACAGAGCGAGCCAAACACGCCUCCGCCAUCGUCAUCAACACCUUCGACGCCUUAGAGCACCAAUCUCUCCUCGCCCUCCGGUCCAUGCUUCCGCCCGUCCACGCCAUCGGCCCAUUACAGUUCCUGGAGAACCAGGUCGAGGACAAAUCCGUCAAAUCCCUCUCCACCAACCUCUGGAAAGAAGACUCUGAAUGCCUGGACUGGCUGGACACGAAGCCGCCGAGCUCCACCGUCUACGUCAACUUCGGGAGCAUAACGGUGAUGACCGCCGCCCAGCUGGUGGAAUUCGCGUGGGGAUUGGCCAAUUCCAACAAACCCUUCCUCUGGAUCGUCCGGCCGGACCUGGUCUCCGGCGCCGGCGCGAUGCUCCCGCCGGAGUUCGUGGAGGAGACGAGGCACAUGGGGAUGCUGGCCAGCUGGUGCCCGCAGGAAAGGGUGCUGAACCAUCCCUCCGUCGGCGGGUUCUUGACCCACAGCGGCUGGAACUCGACGGUGGAGAGCAUCUGCAACGGCGUGCCGAUGCUCUGCUGGCCGUUUUUUGCAGAGCAGCCGACGAACUGCCGGAUGGCUUGCACGGAGUGGGGGAUUGGGAUGGAGAUUGAUGGGGAUGUGAAGAGGGAGAAGGUUGAGGGGCUUGUGAGGGAGUUGAUGGAAGGGGAGAAGGGGAGGGAGAUGAAGAAGAGAGCCAUGGAAUGGAAGAAGAUGGCUGAAGAUGCUGCUGUGGUUCCAACUGGUUCAUCUCAUGUGAGUAUAGAUAGUUUCAUCAAGCAUCUGCUUCAACAAUGAUUUUCAACACUUUUGUUGUAUAAAAAGAUUAAAUUAAUCCUCAGACUAUUGUGUAUUUCUGUUCUGAAUCUAUUUGUUUUUUUUUUUGUGUUUUGAAAAUUUCUGAAUCUAUUUGUUAUG